UCAACUGUCACUGUCAAUGUUAUUUUCAUAAAAACUUAAAGCAAAAUAGGGAAACACGUGCUAAAGUUUUAAAAUAAUAUCAACUAAUUCUCUAAAAUGGGGAAAUUUAGAUCUAAACUGAAAGGAAAAAGUAAGGGUAAAAGAUGGCAAAAAGGACAGUCAUCAAAUUCAAAUCCGAAGAUACAAAAAUACAGAGAAAUGGCUAAAUCCCGGUUCUUCCAAGAAAAUCUUGGAAGCACUGGAUUGACUCAACAGGCGGUACUAAAACACGAUGCUAUGAUGACAUACGGACACAGUACAGGCAAACAGAAAUCCGAAUCAGAGAAUGAGCUAGCUAUAGCAAAAGACUUUGAAUCCAUGUCAAUGAGGAGUGGUGAUGAGGGUACAGAGACAGAGUACACAGGGUCUAUGAGAUCUGGUACAUUUAGGACAUUCCAGACGUUUGCAUCUGACUGGAGUCAAUGUUCAAAUGUUAGCUUCAGCAAAUUGUUAAAUAGGUUUGAUUCUAACAAUGCAAUCCACAAAGACAUGCUGGCUGUAUUGGCUGCGGUCACCGAGGUCAUCAAAGAACAAGGAGGCAAGGAGACAUCCACUGAAUACUUUGCUGCAUUGAUGCAGACCCUCAAAGCAUCAGAAGAUGACACCAGUCUUGUAGCAACCCUAUCUUUAUUAUCAAUGGGUAUAAAAUCUGUAUCACAAGCGGUACUUAGGAAGCAAUUCUCGGACUCUGCAACAAUAUUCAUAGAACUACUGGAGAAAAAUGCACAGAGUGAAAAUGGUACAUUACUACGUAGUAUUAUCGGAUGUCUGUCUGUUUUGUUGCGAGCACAAGAGUAUGCGGCAUGGGGAGAUUCGUCAACUAUGAAAGUGUUUGAUUCAGUGCUUGCCUUUGUACUACAUUCUAAACCUAAGGUGCGAAAGUCGGCACAACAUGCUAUAACAGCCAUUUUACGCGGCAGUUGUUUUAUGUUACCUACAGAAGAUGAUAAAGUCAAGGUUCCGAAGCUGCACCCGGCAUCAAACCGCGUGGCAGAGUACUGUCUGUCACAGAUAAAGCCGGAGGCCCUGCUCUCCGGACACCGUCCUGUGCUGCACAUACUGACCAUGCUUAGAGAUGUCUUACCUGUAUUCAGUAAAGAUUAUAUUAAGACAACCUGUGAAUCAAUUCUGUCUUUGAUGGCUCACAAUAACAUCUACAUAAAGACAUGUUGUAUGCACACGCUGCACGCGCUGUUCUUAGCGGGGGGCAACCUGAGCGGUGUGCUGGCGGCACAGCUCAGCCGCGCGCUGCUGGCCGCGCGCCCGCCUGCCAAUGACACCGGACAGAGCCUCGCCUGGGCUGCUGUUGUACAGCAGGCAUUGUGCUGUCUUGCUAGGUUGGAUUUGAACUUGUGUGUGCCGAACUUGCCCGCAUUCGUGACCGUGUGCGUCACUGAGCUGUGGCACUCUGACGUCACCGACAUCAACGCCGCCGCCACCAACGCUCUAAAGGCGUUACUUUUUGACUGCGUGAAACCCGCACUGGAGACUGAGGAAUGUUUUAUAAAACAUAAAUCCCAUAUAGAUAAUAUAUUCAAAACAAUUGGCACUGGACUGGACAAUCCAUUCAAUCAGGCGUUGAAACAUGUCAUAAUGACAUUAGCUGUCUGCUUCGAGAUAGGUAAUAACAAAUUAACCUACAUACUUGGACCAUUACUGAUGAAACUUAACGAAAGAAAGGAAAGUCACAAUUUCAACCAUCACAAAGAAGUAGAAUAUGCCACUGGGUGUGCCGUCAAAGCUCUAGGACCAGAAUUCGUCCUAACUUACAUCCCUCUCAGAGACGGAACAGACAUAAACUUAGAUAGAAGUUGGCUCUUACCUGUGCUCAGAGAGAAAAUAAUAAAUUCCAAUUUAAAAUAUUUCGCUACAGAAAUUUUAGAUAUGGCAACAUUUUGUAGAAAAAAAUCCCGUGAAUAUGCACAAAAUAAUGAUAACGCAAAAGCGCAUACAUACGAAUUAUUGUGCAACCAAUUUUGGUCUUUAUUGCCUAGUUUUUGUAACAACCCUAAAGAUAUAAAAGAUAAUUUUAAAACUAUAGCUCGAGUAUUAGGCAAUGUUUUAAAAGAUAAUCCGGAAUUUCGUUUAUCUGUGAUGCAAGCUUUAAGGAAAUUAAUUACUUGUUCUAACGAUGAUGAAGAUCAGAAGGAAUUGGGCAGAUUUGCUAAAAACUAUUUGCCUAUAUUAUUGAAUAUUUAUAUGACUCCCGCUAAAGGUGGAGAAGGGGAAGGACAAAGGUUGGCAGCGUUGGAGACUAUACAGAUAUAUUUAACAAUAACAGAUCAGAAUGUCAGAGAGGAAUUGUACAAGAACGCAAUAACACAACUGGAAGCUUCCAUAGACAAUCACUUCCAAAGGGAAUCCAUCUUGGAUAUUAUUCGAUUAUUAAUUUUGUAUCAAACUCACAAAGAAAUUGCUGUAUUAUUUGAUAAAUGGGUAUUUCCGUUGUGCGAGACUGUUAUAAAUGAUCCAAAGAAAUACAAAAAGGCAAAGAAAGAUAAAAUGGAAGAAGACGGAGAAACUAAACCGUUGAAAUAUAAGGAAAAAGUUAAAUUAAUAGAAAUGGAACAUAAAAAAGCUUAUAGAAUAUUAGAAGAGAUAUUCAAAAGCGGGAAAGAUUCUUGUCAACAGUUUGUUAAAGAUAAUUAUAAAAAAAUUAAGAAAAUGCUAAUGAAUUCUUUGAAUAAAGUCGCUGAUAGCAGUAAAGCUGCCAGAUUGAGGUGUAUAGAGCAUCUAAUCAACAGCAGUCACUUUUUGAACAGCGAGAGUAAGUUGAUAAAGAGUGCUGUAGCGGAGAGUGUUGUCUGCACAAAAGACAUCAACUCUAAAUGCAGACAAUGUGCUUUCAAUGUUAUUAAUACUGUUGGCAACUUGCUGAAGACACAGGAUGGAGGAAUGAAAUCGUUCCUGGAGAUGUUAUCAUCAGGGUUAUCAGCACCAGUACCUCGUGUGGUGUGCGCCACACUGCGGGCACUCGCCUCAGCUCUGUUCACCUUCUCCGAGGACAUGGGUCUGGAGACGGUGCAGACUCUGUUGGAUACUGUCGCACACAAGAUGCUGGAGAACAACAGAGAGGUGGUGGCCGGUGCUAUGAGUUUUCUUAAAGUGUACACAAAAGUAUUGCCAACUGAAGUGUUAGCUGGCAGUCUGCCGCUCAUCUUCAGAACAUUGUCCAAGAUGUCUGAGGACUGCAAGCGCCACGCUCGCCUGGAGGUGGGCUACUUCCUCGCCAGGAUGACGAGGAAGUACGGAGCUGAUACUAUAGAGAAGCUGGUACCACCUGAAGAUGAAGUCAUGCUCAAGCGAUUGAGGAACGUCAGGAAAUUAGAGAAUAGAAAGAAGAGAGUUAAAGAACAAAAACGCAGCCAAACAGAUUCAGAUUCAGACGGUGAUAUGGCUGUUAAAGGCACCUCACAGACAUUGGAAGACAUCCUCAAAGACUCAGACUCUGAAAUGGAAUACUUAGACGAGGAGACUAAACCUAAGAAAGCUAAACGGACUAAUAAAGCCUGGAUCCAGGACGAUGUGGAGGAGAUUGUGGAUCUCGCUGAUGUCUCUGCCGCUAGGAAGAUAACAGCAACGGAUCCAACAAAGAAGAAGGUGAUAGAAGAGAAGGCGCAGAAGAAGAAAGCCGGUGGUUUUAAGACAGCGGCCGAUGGCAGACUGAUCAUCUCCGAUGAUGUGUCUGAUGAUGAAGAGGAACCCAGGCCCAGUGGAGACAUCGAUACUGAUACUGAUGAUACAGACAACGAGGCGGAUGACAAGCCAUCAAAGUUACUGAAGCCCGGCAACAAGCGACGCUACGACGACAUCCUGAGCAUCAAGAGCGGGCGCAGCAUCAGGAGCAAGGCUUCCACUGCCUCUAAAUACAAAGCUGGUGGGAAAGGAAUACACAGGCCCCUAGGUUCAGGUGCGUCGGUGACGUCAGCGGGCACUGAGUACCGCAGUAAGAAGGCUAAGGGAGAUAUCAAGAAGAAGGGCAAACCUGAUCCCUACGCAUAUCUCCCACUCUCCAGGAACAACUUGAAUAAGAGGAAAAAGGCUAUAACGUCUAAACAAUUCAAAGGUAUCGUGAAAUCUAAGACGAAAAACCUGAAAGUGAAGUCAAAGAGGAAAUGAUGAAAUCUCUGCUUUAUAGACUAGGCUUAUGUUUAAGCUAUUAUAUUGUUAAACAUUUUAUUUAUAUAAAAUAAAUGUUUAUUAAUUAUUUUUGG